AUGGACACUGACCUACUCGGAUCUCUCACCAGACGAGGCGACACUGACAGUGCUGAUGCCUGUGACACUGGUAAUGAGUAUGAUGGUCGGAUGGGCCUCCGUAUUUCAUCUAUUUUUGUCAUCAUGGCUGGCUCCAUGAUAGCCGCAGUUUUCCCCGUUCUUGCGAAACGUUUUGUGGGGGCCGGAAUACCAUCCUGGGCAUUUUUCAUAGCGAAAUACUUUGGUUCCGGUGUCAUCAUUGCGACUGCUUUUAUCCACCUGCUCGCCCCAGCUGAGGAGGCUCUGAAGAAUGAGUGUUUGACUGGUCCUAUCGCCGAGUAUAGUUGGGUGGAAGGCAUCAUUCUCAUGACUGUUGUGGUUAUGUGUUUUGUGGAGUUGAUGGUCAUGCGUUACUCAAGUUUCGGUUCGAGCCACCAACAUAGCUUCAAUGACCACAGACAUCGACCCGUCGGGGAUAUGAGCCAGGCUACGGGUCACAAGGCGGUAGAGGACCGUCUGAGCCACUCUCGCACGCAUUACGAUACAGAGAUAACGGGGAAUGGUAUUACAGCAUCGGAAGAAUAUGCCGCUCAGAUAAUCGGCAUCUUCAUUCUAGAGUUCGGCAUUAUUUUCCACUCGAUCUUCAUCGGCCUGACACUCGCAGUGUCCGGGUCCGAAUUCACCACACUCUAUAUUGUCCUCGUGUUCCACCAGACCUUUGAGGGGUUGGGUCUGGGAUCUCGUCUUGCGACCAUUCCGUGGCCUAAGUCCAGGAGCUCUACGCCGUACAUUCUGGGUAUUGCUUAUAGUCUUACCACUCCUAUUGCCAUUGCAAUUGGAUUGGGUGUGCGCAAUACUUAUCCACCCACUGGUCGGACAACACUGAUAGUCAACGGUGUUUUUGACUCCAUCUCCGCUGGCAUCCUUAUCUACACCGGUCUCGUUGAGUUGCUUGCGCACGAAUUCAUGUUCAGUCCGUCUAUGCGUCGAGCUCCUAUCCGCAACGUCUUCUCGGCAUUCUUCUUGCUCUGCCUUGGUGCGGGCCUGAUGGCAGUACUCGGCAGAUGGGCUUAG